UCGCGCUACCCACGGACAGGCAGAUUCAAGAAAUGAGAUACGACGAAGAGGUGGUACGAACGGUUUCAGAAAACGGACAGAAAAUUCAAGGAAAGGACUGCCUUCAGGACCACACCGCGGCAAGAUGUUGCCGCCCCGUUGAACGAUCGUCUUUUUAUUAAGCAAUAAACACAAAGUAAAAAUGUUACCCACGAAUUCAAGGAAAAAAAAAUUGUGCAUCCGCAAGUUGAAAUCUCAAAUUGUUGUCGUUGCCAAAUAAGUCAGUGCACAACGCAAUCCUGUGGUCCCGGAAUAUGGCUUCGUCCACGAAGAGAUCAUGGAAACUCCAGGAUUUUGUUGCCCACUCAGCCAAUGUCAAUUGUCUAGCAUUAGGCCACAAAUCUGGACGUGUUUUGGUCACUGGUGGUGAUGAUAAGAAGGUGAAUCUAUGGGCAGUUGGGAAGCAGAAUUGUAUUAUGAGCCUGAGCGGUCACACCACACCAAUAGAAUGUGUAAGAUUUGGGCAAACAGAAGAUUUAGUAUGCGCUGGUUCACAGACAGGGGCAUUGAAAAUUUGGGAUUUGGAACAUGCCAAAUUAGCUCGUACAUUAACAGGGCACAAAGCUGGUAUAAGGUGCAUGGAUUUUCAUCCUUAUGGAGAACUAUUGGCAUCGGGAAGUUUAGAUACUGCUAUCAAACUUUGGGACAUUAGAAGAAAAGGAUGUAUAUUUACAUAUAAAGGGCACAACAGGAUGGUGAACAGUUUAAAAUUUAGUCCUGAUGGCCAAUGGAUUGCUAGUGCAGGAGAGGAAGGAAUGGUUAAGCUGUGGGACUUAAGGGCUGGCAGACAACUUAGAGAAUUCUCCGAACACAGAGGACCAGCGACGACAGUAGAAUUUCAUCCCCAUGAAUUCCUGUUAGCUAGUGGUAGCGCGGAUAGAACAGUUCAUUUUUGGGACUUGGAAUCAUUUCAACUUGUAUCUUCCACAGAACAAAGUCACUCCUCAGCAAUUAGGUGUCUAUAUUUCAGUCAAGGUGGAGAAUGUCUCUUUGCUGGUUGCCAUGAUGUGUUAAAGGUCUAUGGCUGGGAACCAGGUAGAACAUUAGAUUCUGUUCCAACUGGUUGGGGAAAAGUACAUGAUAUAGCUAUAGCCCAGAAGCAACUGAUCGGUGCAAGUUUUCACACUGCAAAUAUCGUCCUGUACGUAUGCGAUUUAAACAAAAUUGCUCCAUUGGGAGGAGUGUCAGCAUCCGGUUCCCCAUUUAGUCACGGGAAUUCGCUAAGGAAAAGCUUCUCUAGAGAAAGACCACCGGGAUUGAAGAAACAUACAGUAGAUGUGCGAACUAUAGAAGAGGCGGAUAAGUCUGGAACUGAUCCAGAGGAUGAAGCAUCUUUCACCGAUACACCCAACGUUACCGAAUACGAUGAAGUUUUCCAACCAAACAGAGCGCUGUCUCGCACUCCACCCCCAGAACCUGAGGCUUUCGAGGAGCCUCAAGAUAUAGAUCCCACACAGCCACAGAUAUUACAAAAUCUUUCUACCUCAAUGUCGAACAUAAGCGUGAUGGAUUCAGAGGAGGUACCUCCAAUGCUAUCGCCGUCGUCUCCGCCUCCACCUGCGCCAACGUUAUCAUUAACGAAACCCGUACCAGUACGUGUUCAACCGAUAAAAUCAUCUCCACCCGUUCAAAGGAACGCGAUCACCUCGACGAGUCAAAUAAAAGCGAAUCUUCAAACGAACAACGGCCUUGGCAGAACGUCGAAAACCCUCGCGUCUAUACCUCCUCUGAGACAGAGCAUCACGCCUUUUCCUGGAAAGAAAACUACUACAACCAGUGACAUUGGAACACUUCCACCACCUUUGGGCCCACAGAGAUCAAAUUCUACACUGACGCCACGCGUGGCACCAAUGGCUGCUGUUCUUCCAGUAAUGGACGAUGGUAAAAUAAAGAAUAGAGUACCUAGCCCGGAUUCUCCUAAGCACUAUUUGAAAAGACAGAGUAGUUGUAGAGACGGAGAACAGGGUUACGAAAGCGAUUAUCCGGUACAAAUUAAUAAUAUAAGGCACAGUCCCUCUGACCCAGCGUUGAACAGGCCAAACUCUGCGCAAUCUAGGUCGACAUCUCUGAACAGAAACUUUCCUACCUCAACGCCGCGUAACGCGACCACAGCUACCACGUUCGUCACAAAGAAAUCAAACAAAGCUCAAGUGGCCCCGAAUCCUAAGGUAGAAAUCCGUACGCCUCAAUUGAGGCCAAGCAUCGAGACCACAGAGAAAGAAGAAUUUGUCCCUAUAAAUACCGACAAGCCCUAUGGUUUAGACGUCGAGGCUUUUCUACCGAAUCAUUUCGCAAGAUCAGCGGGUUUCGGUUACCCACAAAUGGGAGUCCUCAAUGAAAUGUCAGAAGCUGAGGUACUCAACAGUAUGAUGAGGGGUCACGAGCCAAUGAUGGCUGUCCUUACGAGUCGUCAUCGUUCCUUACAAAUCAUCUACUCUCUCUGGCACAAUAAAGACCAUAAGGCCGCGGUUGAAUCGGCUGUGGCAAUGAACGAUCUUGCAGUUAUCGUUGAUCUGUUGGGAAUAUUGACCUUAAAACCAGCAAUGUGGAACUUGGAUCUGUGUAACGCGUUGCUUACACCAAUCGGGGAGCUACUUCAAAGUAAAUACGAAAUGUACAUAACGGCGGGCUCAUCGGCGUUGAGACUGAUCCUGCGAAAUUUCGCCUCGGUGAUUAAAUCAAACGUGGAGGCGCCGCUUCACACGAUCGGCGUGGACGUGUCGCGAGAGGAACGCUAUCACAAGUGUCUGUCCUGCUACGAGAAGCUCUCCAGCAUUAGGAACAUCCUGCUGAAGAAACAGUCGACCUCCGGUAAAUUAGGAGCCUCUUAUCGGGAGCUGGCCGUUUUGAUACGAAGCCUCGAGUGACCACGGUUGAAACGUUUCGAGAAUUCGACCAGCGGUUUGGUCGUUACCUGACAAAAAUUCGAGGCAGUUCAAGAUAGAAGCGGAUGGUCGUCGACCAGGAGGGAACAUCGUGCUUUCGAAUUGCUUCAUCCUGUUAGACGGAAUAACGGAUCGUCUCGUCGAGGAUGGUCCCUCCUACCUUCUUCCCUCGUCUCGUUUCGUCCAUUGGUCUACGAUCGUCGGUAUAAGAAGCGUGAAACUAAAGUAACCCGAUGAGAACGACCCGUGGAGAGAGAUAUUUUAGGAGUGUAACUCGAGGUGUUGACGAUACAAAGUCGUUCGGCUAUCGACCGAUUUUUAACUGUACAUAUAUACAUAUACGUAAUGCCUUCGUUGUUCAAGCGUUUGCACUCCUAAAUAAGCUGGUUGAAUGAUAAUAGCGAAUGUAAUUAACAUUUCUCGCAUGGACUCGAUGCAAGACCUUGUCGCGAGUGUUGGCCCGCCCUGUAUUCACCGGGGUGGAGAUACCGUGUUCCCGAGGGAACGGAUAAAUUUCUGAGAGAAAAGUUUCGUCGAUCGAGACGCUGAUCAGGCACAGUAAAUAUUGUAAAGUAUCGUAUAUAUUUAUAUAAUAUAUUGCCUUAUAUUAUAUAUACACGAAUAGAAGCACGUGCAUCGGUGCUCAGAAGAUUUGGGACACUUGAUGAAUUUUAUAUAAAAUUGAGGAAAAUUUUAUAACAAUUAAUAAUGAUUGUAGUUCACAUUUCGAAGUAGCAGGCAUACAAUGAAAAUUUAAGAAAUUACAAAUAUAUAAACAUAGAAAAUUAUUUUAUUUAACGGUUUUCUAAGUGUUCCAAGAAUUUUGAGCGGUGAUGCAUGCCGGAAGUGAAUGUUUUUUACCAAAGUUCGCGACGAAAUUUUUCUUCUAAAACGAAACACUUCUCGCGUUCGCGGGAAAGAUAUGAAACCGGUGGCUUUUUCGACGGCCUUCUUGCCAAUCCCGCGUAAUUAUAACACGGCGAUGACGAAGCGUGUUAAUUAAGAAGUAUUAGGUAGUAACACACUUUUUCUAGACUUAUUACGGAAAGAUGAGAAAUAACAAAUUGUAUUUUUGCAACAGCCAUUUGCGUCCGUUCAUUAAUAAAAAAAGUUAAAAGAAAGGGUAAAAAAGAAAAACGACAAAAAUAAUGGUACUCUAAGGUAUGUUUUGCUAAAAUCCCUAAAUAUCGCACGAAGGCGAAGAUUUUCGAGAGCCGAGAACAGGAAGACUGGUUUUUUUGAUGCUCGGAUUAUUUUGGAAACGGAGACGAGGAGAAUGUCCGUUCACGCGGUACCGCGUGCGAUAACCAUAACGUUUAAACAUUGCGGCACACGGUGACCAACCUGAGGUUAAAUUUUGUCCAAAAGCGUUUUUCAUGGGAUAGGUAGAAGGUUUUUUGAUCAGAUCCAAGGAUCAUUUAGAAAUUUCCUUGUUCGAGUGCAGGACGAAUCGAUCGUUCCACGCGCACAACGUUUCUCGCUCCCCUCGUCGGAUUCUCGUCUCCUUUUCGCGCAAUGUUGGCUGAUAUUUUUUCCCUCCCUUUCCGUCUUUAUUCUUCCGAAUUACAAGAGAUUUCAUAGUCGAUAAAACCCCCAUAAAUUGCAAUUUAAUCGAACAAAGUCUUACGAUAGUGGAUGUACGAAUGAAUGUGUCGUUGUCGUUUGACUCUAAACUUUGGAAAUUUUCUUUGAGCCGGGUCUUUGAUGCUUCGAUGAUCAUUGUAUGCGAACGUUUUUUUUUUUUUUUUUCGUGCAUCUCUGAAGCCUUUUUCGUGUUCCAAUGACAAUUUUUCGGGAUCAGAGGAAAGAUGGGCUGCCGUAAGAUUAAGCGAAACACGGUUUUCUCGAACUUGCGUUUUAGAUUAAGCGGAAUCGAGUGGAUGCAUUUAAUCAGCGGUUGUUUUUAAUCGUUCGACCAUCGAGUAUUUUUCGAAACAGUAUUUUUUUAGAAACCGCGACGAAAUUGAUGGGGCUCUGUCCAUUUUCAAAACAUUCAUCGAAUCUAUUUGAAAGAUAAACGGAACUCUAAAAUGUAUACUUUUGUAAGGAAAAGAGAUGAAUUUUAUCAACAAUAUGUUUUUAUACCAUGCGAUCAAGUAAAUUGCCUUUACAGUGAAACAAAAGAAUAUUUUUUGUAGACUCCAAGAAUCCUGUUGCGUUUGCCAGUCUCUUUAUCUACUGGAAGAAAAAAAGAAGUAGAUCAAAAUUUUGAUAAAGAUAGUUAAGUUUGCUCUUCGAUCCCGCUGAAUUCUCGAUGGAAGAGGGGACAUUUUAUUUGACACGUUCGCUACCUAUCAUUUUCACAAAGUUUCAUUUCAUAGCUCAUCGUAGAAUAUAAAAGAUAGUAUAACGAAGUGCAUGGCCUGACAAGUAUCGUCGAUUAUUUAAAUGACAGCGCUGGUAGUGAACGAGUUAACAAAUGAGAAAAAAUUGAGAGAAAAAUACAUAAGAGCACGAGGAGACUCGUCGUCGGUUCCGUCCAACGUAUUUUUGUAAGGGAGAGAAAGUGCGAGAGAGCCGCGAGAGUGAGUGUGACUAUACAGAGUGUCUCAAAAAAAUGCGCCAUUAAAAGUAUAGAUUCUCCGUAAGAAAACAAAUCGAAAAGCCCUUUACCGUUUUUCGAUAGGAUGCUUCGUUUUCGAGGUAUAAACGAUUAAAGACUGGAUACUCCACUUCCGGGGUGCCCUGAACCGGAAAUCGACUACUCGAUCUUUAAUCGUUGAUAUCUCGAAAACGAAGCAUCCUAUCGAAAAACGGUAAAGGGCUUUUCGAUUUGUUUUUUUACGAAGAAUUUAAUUUUCAUGGUGUUUUAAAAUAUCCUGUAUAAUAUUCCUUUUAAUCAUCCACUUUUGGAUGCGUCUCUGACACAUUAGCUGCGACCCGAAUGGAUUUUUAUACGGCAGUGCGAUUUUUCAAAUGUUUUUUUACAUAUCAUUGUGAAUUUGUAAAGGAAUUCUUCCCAAGAAGAGACCGUGUAAGGUUGAUUUUUCUACUGUUUUUUAAAAUUAAAGUAUAAUCGCGGCGAUAUAAAAUUAACUUUAUAUCAAAAUUCGAAAGAAAGGUUUCCUUUCUUUUCUUUUUAUUCAAAACUUAGAACUUUACUAUAAAGUUCCUUUGAUUGCAAUUACAAUUGACUUGUAAUUGAUCGUAUCCAAGAAGAAGAUACACUUUCGCAGCUAAGGUGUUGAACAAAGUUCAACUGAAAAAUCGAUAAAACGAUCCAAUUUCCCGCGAUCGUUCGAUUUUUAAUCUGUACAUAUAUACGUAUAACGCCUUCAUUGUUUAAGCCUUUGCACUCUUAACGAACAAAUACUACGAGCUGCCUGCGCUCAAUUAAUUGUAACACAUCACAAUAUCGUAGAGCUUUACGAUCGUAAUUAGAAGUGAAGUCGUAUUUAAUGUAAUUUCUUUAUUAUUUUUUAAUGGUACUUUUUCAUUUUCUUCAACAAAUUAAUUUAUCUAUUGUUGUUAGAUAAAUAAAGAAUUAUCUUAAGUUGUUGCAUAUCGAGUGGUUGAUUUUGUAAUAUACAAAGUUUAAUAGCAGUUUUAUGACAAAUGAGAAAGUACCUAAUUAAUUUUAUUAUUUCAUCGUGCCAGUUUAUCUCUUAGAAUCUUUUUUGUUUUCCUGUAUGUUUUUUUUUUAAUUUUCUUUUUUUAACCCCUCAACGCUGGGCAAUAAACAAAUUAGUACAUUUAGAGUUUUUUUGCAAUUACUGUUCUGCUUUUACUUUUCCCAUGAAAUUAACAAAAAUUAAAAUUAUCCUAGCGUCAAGGGGUUCACUGACGAAAAAACACAAUUAUCAUCGACUAACGAUAAUAAUUACUCUAAUGUUAAUUGAAAUAAACAUUAUGCAUACACAA